AUGACGUUCAUGUGCCUUAAGCGUCUGGUUGCAGGGUAUGCAAGAGCAUACCCUGCAUACCCCGUGCGCGCGCCUAUGAUCAACUGCAAGUGGAAUUCAACCAAUCAGAAACUGCUUAGUAAUGAAGAUCCUAAGGUUAAAACUUUAAAAAGAUUAUGUGCUACACGAUGGGUGCAGCGUUAUGAUGCGGUAACAGAUUUCAUUGAACUAUUUGUAUUUGUAGUUGAAUCGUUAGAAAAUAUUUCUAAUUGGAAUGAUUCCACAUCAACGGAAGCUAAUAUACUAUUAAAAGCUAUUGAUUCAGAAUUUCUUAUAUCCUUACAAGUUAUACAAUUGGUUUUUUCUUUUGGUUUACCAUUGUGUAAGUUGCUACAAAAAGAACAAAUUGAUUUGAAAGAAGCAGUAAGCCUUGCUGAAGAUAUUAUAAAUGUAUUAAAAAAUAUCAGAUUAAAUUGUGAUACUGAAUUCCACAAAUUGUUUUUGCAUGCAAAAGAGAUGUCAGUAAUUAAAGAUAUAGACUUGAGUACUAAAAGAAUAUCUAAACGACAAGUAAAUCGAGCAACUCCAGAUCCCAAUUUAAGUGUUGAAGAAUACCACAAAGUGUCAGUAUUUAUACCCUACCUGGACUUUUUUUUACAACAACUAGGAGAAAGAUUUUCAAUACAUUCUGAAAUUUUUAAAGGAUUUCAAAGUCUAUUUUCUUAUACUUUAACUUCUAAUGAGGAGGUAUCAUUUAGAAAAUUACUUGAAUUUUAUUCACCUUCUUUGGAUGUGAACAACUCAAUUGCAGAAUUGAAAUUGUGGAAGAUAAAACUUGAGCGAAUAAACAAUAUUCCGAAAACUGCAAUUGAAGCAUUACAUGUGUGUAAUGCCAAUAUUUAUCCAAAUGUGCAUUUUAUUUUAAAAAUACUAUGCACACUUCCUGUUUCGACAAGUACGCCUGAAAGAAUGUUUUCCAGUCUUAAAAGGAUAAAAACGUAUCUUCGAAACACUAUGUCCGAGAAAAGACUUAAUGGUCUGGCAAUGUUGGCAAUUCAUAAUGAUAUUAUAUUUUCAAAUGAAGAGGUCAUUGAUGAGCUUGCCAAAAAGCCUAGGAAUCUGGAUAUAAUAUUGUAA